UCCAAGUAUAUCAGGCAACGGCAGCGGUCGCACGUACCGGGUGUACGCAGUUUAUCAUAAUUUAAAAAAAAAUCUUCAACACGUUAUCAGCGUACCAUCAUGUGCGACGAAAACGAAUUAAAGGCAGCCUUCGAAACAGCGCUGGAAUUGGUGAAACAGUGUAACGAAAUAGUGCUCGAGGGAUUUCGCUCCGCUUCUAAGCAGGUGGAGGUGAAAGGUAAACAUUGGGAUCUGGUGACUAUGUACGACCAGCGAGUGGAGGACAUUUUGAUCGCGGGACUUCGGCAACAGUUUCCACAUCACAAAUUUUGCGCAGAAGAAUCGGCGUUCGCUAGUGGAGCCAAGCUGAUUCUCGGACCGGAGCCAACGUGGAUAAUUGAUCCAAUUGAUGGCACGGUCAACUUCGUGCGAGGCGUACCCUUCACGUGUAUUUCUGUCGCACUGGCGGUCAAUCAUGAACUACAGAUCGCUAUCAUAGCGAACCCAACCGCCAAUGAGCUAUUCACUGCCAUUAAAGGGCAAGGGUCAUUUCUGAACGGUUCCCGGAUCCACACGCGCAACACGAAGGAACUGAAGGAUGCCCUCGUGGGACAUGAAUUUUCCAUCGGAAGCUAUAAGCCGAUACGAGCGGCCCUGUUUGAGCGGGGCCAGAGGUUCAUCGCGGAGUGCGUAGGAUUGCGUGCGUUUGGUUCCGCCGCUCUCUCAUUAGCAUACAUCGCUAGCGGACAGAUCGAUGCCUAUAGCAUACAGUAUCUUAAACCGUGGGACAUUGCAGCAGGCGCGCUACUGAUCCAGGAAGCUGGCGGCACGGUUAUUAGCAUCACAGGAGGACAGUACGACAUUAUGAAGCCAGAUAUUGUCGCCGCCAGUAGUGAACCGUUGGCUCAAACGAUACUGAACAUAGUGCGCGACGUUGAUGAGAAGCUAGCUAGCAAGGAGUAAUAUUGCCUGCCCUCCGUAACCGCACUAACUAACUUUAUACGACCACUGGGUGCAGCUUUAAUUGAUAAGCAAUAAAUAUAUUGUAAUGUGUCAGGUUGCGGUUAUCGAA